CCCAAGGCAACUGCCCAGGAGCCCCAAACCUCCAGGCUUUAGGUCUGCUUUACUUUAGAUUCUGGUUGUUUGUUGUAAAGUUUUGUUUGAUCAAAUUGCUUACAUUUUUUGUGUGUCUAGUAAUUACAGGGUAUCUGCUGGUCUUGAAAAGCAUUCAAAAGCAUUGAAUUCAGUUCCUUUGUCUUAAAUUUACUUUACAAAAGCUUUGAAUAUGUUUUCUUGCCUGUAGACACAGUAACAUUAGGCAUAGCUUUUGGCUGUUGAGACACCUAACAAUGACAAACAUCUCUUGUCUCUUUGUGGUCAUUUUGCAUAUAGAAACAGAUAGUAAUGUCUGCAUUUGUACUAUUAUAACUGAGCUCUGUGGCUCUCAAACAAAAUAUAUUAACAGUCACUUCAUACAGAGGUUCUGAUCCAGGUUCCUGAGGGGUCACAGGCCCCCUAACCCCCCAGACCCCUGGGUCUGUAUAGUAAUCCAUACGUGGGCUAAGGCCAUGCUAACUGAUGUAUUAUAUUACCAGGAAUCACUGACAGAAUGUGGCAGGUCAGUAAAGUCAUGAAGCUGAUGAUUAAUAGUUGGUCCCCUCGGGUCUCUGCUGAGGUAACGGGCUCAGUGUGGAGAAACAUCGCCCUCUAAUGGUUUGUACUUGGCUGCUUUACUUUGCAGCAAGAUAAUAAAGAAGCAGAUCCUGGGUCAGCAAACUCUGCUGUAAUCACUCUCAUGUGUGUUGGUUGGUAAUCAUGGCUUUUGGGUCAAAACAACUCAGUCACAAUCUUGGCUCUUGUCAUCCCCUGAAAGCUCCAUGGAGGCUCAAUGGAGACUCUGACAGAUCCACAUUUAAUGGAUCAAUGCAUGGCUGAAUUAACCUUAAAGUUGUUGGGCCCUGAUUGACCCCCAGUCUACAUGUUUCAUCAGUUCAGGCACCCAGAAAACAACCUAGUAUGAUAGAGCCAGUUUUGGGUGCCCUGAUACAGAGCAGAGAAAAACACUUUUUGAUCAUUCUUACAUUGUAAACACCUGUUUACACCUGUUUUGGGUGGACUGCGUGUUAAGAAAAAUGUGAAUGAGAGGGAGGCAGAGCAGCGACUGUGCGCGCUGUGGGUUUGUGCGCCGCUGAUCUGACAGCACAUGGACUGGAUGGAAACGCGUGGAGAAAGAGCUGCGCACAGCAAACCGCUGCUGUUGGUGUCAGCGACGCAGUUGUUAGACGGGGACGCGCAGCUGAGCAGCCCGGGACAAUCCCUCAGAUUAGAGACUGACCCGUGGGAUUUGCUGGAGAGGCACCUGAUUCACCGGGAGCGACGCGCAGUCAGUGUCAGAGACAGAAUGAUCUAGAUUCACCCUCAUGUUCCAGUGGAACCUGUACCACUAGAUCCCAGAGUGUUUUCUCUCAUCUUUGGAUGGAUUUACGCACAUGACUGAAGGACACGUUACUUUUAGAGAAGCUCUCUCCAAGUGACCAACGUGGAUCCAUGGCAGGUUUUACGCAGAACGUAAAUACGCCGAUUAGAGUGUUUGAGAAACUUUUGGGCAGAGUCUUCAUCUCUCAUUAGUCAUCUGAGAACUGAUAAUGUGUGUUAUUCCUGCUGCCGGUGGAAACGUCUAAUCCCCUGCCCCGAUUACCGCCACAGAUGGAUUGCGUAGUGUCGGCCAACCGGCUGACAUCAGGGCCCAGUCACAUUAAUUUAACCGCUAUGCUUGCUUCUUGAUCGCUGAAUUGAAGCCAUUUAGGGCAGUUCAGCAUCCUUUUGGAGGCCUGAGCGCCAACGGGACCCCAGCUUCUCCUCCUGGUGCCAAAAUGAGGAGAGCUGUGUUGAAAGAAGCCGCCAAACGAUUCCCCUGGCUGGCCAAUGUGACUUUGUACGGGUGCUUAUUCGCCGGCGGUGACCUGGUCCAUCAGCUCAUAGCUCAGAAGGAGCGCAUAGACUGGAAACACACUCGCAACGUGGCCAUCGUGGCUAUCAGUUUCCACGGAAACUUUAAUUACUUCUGGCUACGAGCCCUGGAGAGACGUUUCCCUGGAAAGUCAGCCGGGAUGGUUUUCCGCAAACUCCUGCUGGACCAAAGCUUCGCGUCGCCUUUGGCCACCAGUGUCUUCUACACAGGAGUGAGCUUCUUGGAGGGCAAAGAGGAUAUCUUUGAGGACUGGAGGGAGAAGUUCUUCAACACCUGGAAGACUGGACUCAUGUACUGGCCGUUCAUGCAGUUUCUGAACUUUGUCCUGAUGCCGUUGUACAUGCGAACGGCCUUCAUGGGCUGCUGCGCCUUCCUCUGGGCCACCUUCCUGUGCUUCUCGCGGCAGAACGGCGAUGGCACCGCCGCCGUGGCUCUGGCCUUCGUCAUGGACCCACGUAAAACUCUGGAGGAGAUGCGUGAGGCCCGGCUGGCCCGAAAAAGGCAAAAGGCCCAGAGGGAAAACUGAAGAGUGGAGGAGGAGGGCGACACUGCGUCUGUCAUUCAGGCCUUUGAGCUCUGAUCACAGGACAGAGCGCAUUUUAAUCUUUUCUAAACCAGCAUCCACAAACUGAAAGCAGUGUGGAGAGCUGAGGAGCUGAGGAGCUGAGGAGCGUGUUACUGGUUUAAAAGAAACAGAGCACAUUCACGGUCUAUCACAUACGCACACACACUUUGAGUAUGGUGUAGUAUUAACAAGAACAUAUUUGAUGUUGGCUUUGCCCGUAUAUUUCAUCUGGCCUUUCCUAUUCCAAAAACAUGAAGAAUUUACCAAGUACUGGAAGCUCAGAACUAAAGUGCUUUAAGGACUGGCAUAGCUACAUGUCAGUAAGACAACAUAUGGUUUCAAAUAUCAACCCUGUCUCCUAAAAAAUCUGCCUAUGUAUCACUAAUUUGUGAAUGAUCUUAUGUUUUAAGGGGAAAUGUAAUCCACCUUUAUAUAUAAGAUUAGCAGGACAUGUUUUCAUGAAUUUACAGUCCCAAAAUGUUCAUACUUAAUUUAAAAACACAUUUUGUUUGCUUUUCUUGCCAUAUCUACUUGUGUCAACUUUACAGUGUGAUUAGGGAACAUUUAUUAAAGUCAGGGAAAGAUCUCAGUCAGUCAACACUGACUUGAAGCAACAGACAGACAUUUUCUGUAGUUACCCAAAACCACAGUGUUUUUCAAACCAAAGUGUUCCCUGGUUCUAACCUGACAGGGUUGCAAACACAAGAGUGGCUGGUUCAAGCUGCCAGAUGAACCUGCUUACAGUCCAUAAUACUUAAGUGUUAAAUGGAGCAAACAAAUUACAGACAGUUCCUCUACUGAUAGAGCAUGACCAGAGCUAAAAAUAUCAAAUUUGUCCUAUCGGUGGUGCUGGAAAAAGGGAUAGAGAAGAGAUAAAAGACCAAAUGUCAAAAACAAGUGACAAAAACAAGAAAAUGUUUUAUGUUUAAGAAGAAGUGCUUAAGGCUGACACACAUUGUUUACAGUUGCAGUGAUGCACAGGUGGUUUUGGCCUGGACCUAUGGACUUCUUACUUUAAAGGUCAGUUGUGUUGUGAUGAGGGACCGUGGCUGGUUGUUGUGGCACUGGUUUGAUGUGAGCCCACAGCACAGUGAAGCUCCUGAGAUCAGAUUUAAGGGCUCAAUAUUUCUGCUUUACACCAGUCGUGCCUUCUCUUAGACUUCCCCAACCAGUGGUCGACCAGCUGGCAGUGUAAUAAUCAAUGCACUGAGAUAUGUAUAUAUAUAUAUAUAUAUUUUGUUUGUAAAGAUUUUAAAUGGAGUUUCUGUAUUUAUUUUGGGAUGCACUGAUGUAUCAGGCUGAUUGCUUACAUAAGACAGCAGGCUUCAGGAGUAUGAUGUCUGAAAGCUCAUAAAGUGUCCAAAAAACAAGUGAAUAAGCAUAUUUCCCAAAAUGUUUGACUUUCCCCUUAAGGAUAAUAGUGAAUGCUAGGCUUAGCACUCCCAGUCAAAAGGGCUCAUUAUGUGUUAUUACAAAGCAUGUGUAUCAGUGCAUCCCACUUGUGUUGUGUGUCCUAGUUUGACCUGUAAAACUAUCUCAAUCCUGUCUUCUUACUUGAAACAUCACAUAGGUUGCCAUCAGCCCAGAUACCUUAUCAUGCAACACAUCCAGUUACCUAAACCAAACCCAUCAUUUACUCUUGUUUAGAUCUUGGUUAUUUAGUUACGCUAAAAGAUUUUCAACUUUUAAUGCUAUUUAUCCAAAAGACAGCAAAGAGAUUUGGAUAUUUCAUUGUUUGAUGUACAAUACACCUACAGUAUUAUAUCAGCAGUGAAAUGUAAUAUUAUAGGUUCUGUUUUUCCAUGGAACAAAACUAAGACCUCAAAGACUGUUCUAUGUUGUUCAGUAUUAAAGUCUGGUUUACAGCAAAUUGUGAAAACCUCAACUACUCCUUUGCAUUAGUACGGUGAUAUUUUCAGAAAUAGGAGCUUCUUAGAUGUAUGAACACUUGUGUGUCCAAUUCAAAAGGGACUGGACAGUUAACCUGAGAUGAAUAAAGAGUCAAACAGCUGCCUCCUGUUCUGUU